UAAACAAUCUUUUUAAUAGUCGAGUCAACGUCUCAAUCGAAUCGUUGCAAUCAAAGAAGGACAAAAUGGACUCAGAAAUUACGGAUUUCUACAAAAAUAAAACCAUUUUUCUAACUGGUGCCAGUGGAUUUUUAGGCAGAUUGGUCAUUGAAAAACUGCUGCGUGUAACCGAAGUGAAACGCAUCUAUAUUCUAAUUAGGCCCAAGCGCGGAGUGGAAAUCCAGCAACGGAUUGAUACGUUUAUGAGCAGCUUCCUUUUCAGUGAAGUCUCCAAAUCAAAUCCCAACUACAAAGACCGGCUAUCGCCCAUAGCAGGCGACUGUGCACUGCCGGACUUGGGCUUGAGUGUCGCAAACCGGAAGCUCUUGACUGAGGAGGUGCAAGUAAUGUUCCAUAGUGCAGCAACGGUCAGCUUUGAGGAGCCACUCAGCACGGCAGUGCACAUCAAUGUGCGUGGAACGCGCCUGCUGGUGCAGCUGGCCAAGCAGAUGCCUCGGCUGGAGGCAUUUGUUUAUGUAUCCACUGCCUUCUCGAAUUGUGUGAUCGAGAAGAUUGGCGAACGCUUCUAUCCAGAGAUAUUGACGUGCACAGCCGACCAGAUGAUGUCGCUGAACGAGCAGCUGAGCAGCGAUUUAAUCAACAAAAUGGCACCAGCCCUGCUCGAAAAGUUUCCCAACACCUACACCUUCACGAAGGCCUUGGCGGAGCAGGUGGUGCAGACGGAAGGCAGAGACUUACCUGCCUGCGUAUUUCGGCCGUGCAUGAUUAUGCCCACCUUUAAGGAUCCGAUUAAGGGUUGGAUUGACAACUUCUACGGUCCCAUCUCCGUAAUAUAUGGCUCUGGAUUCGGAGUUCUACGUGUCAUGAUCUUCAAUAAGGAAGCCAAGGGCAACGUGGUCCCAGCCGAUUAUUGCGUCAACUUAACACUGGCGAGUGCCUGGCAUUCAGCUAAACAAGCUGCUGACCGUAAAGUAAAGAUGAUUGAGUCACCAGAACCAACCGUUUACAACUAUGUUCCAACCGAGCAGAAUCCCAUUAAGUGGGGCAAAUUUAUGGAGUUUUUGGAUAGCCGCAAGCACUUGUAUGCACUAAAUCAAAUGGUGUGGUAUCCCUUCCUAUUGGUCACAUCGAAUAUGAAAAUUUUCGAGCUGCUGAUAGCCGUCUAUCAUAAUUUUCCUGCCUUUUUAAUUGACACGUGGCUGCGUCUCAGGGGACAGCAGCCACGCAUGAAGAAAAUCUAUAGUAAAAUUCAUAGAGGAAUAAGGAAUAUAACUCCGUUCGGUAUCACUGACUGGACCUUUGAGAUGAACAACUUUGAACGUCUGAUGCGAUGCAUGUCGCCCCAGGAUCAAAAACUGUUUGGGUUUGACUUGAGGGUCCUCGAUUGGUCAGAAUAUUUUAAUUCCUCCCUGUAUGGAUUCCGUGUUUUCCUGGCUAAAGAAAACGUGACCGAAGAGUCCCUACGAUCCGGAAAAAAACGUUUCGAUCGUUUGUUAAUUUUAAAUUAUCUUGUGCAUUUCGUUGCCUUGAGUAUACCAGCUGGCAUGGUAUGGUGCUUGCUACACCUACUAAAUAUUGUCUAGUUCUAUAAACUUCAAGACUUGAAUUUCUUUGUUUAUUUUGCUUCAGCAGUAAUUGGUAAUAAAAAUAUGGGUGUGAAAUUAAAUUAUGUUAAGAACAUAAACAGAGGAUAAAAAGAGACAUCACAUAAUUCAUGUAUUCAU